UUGAUGUGUUGUUGUGUGUUUAUUUGACGAGUUUUGUUAAUGUUUUGUGCGAUUUCCCAAGUUAAUUACUAAAUAUAUAACAUUUUAACUGAAUAGAGUGUAAUUUAUACUAUCAUAGUGUUGUGUUAAAAAAGCACCUGUAGCUGCCCUAGUUUUUACGGAAGUGUAGUGGUUUUGAAGUUAAAAUAUUGUUUUGUAUGUGUUUGCUAUAUGGCGUCGCUAUCCUUGCCACGGGUGCUCCAGCUGAAGAAGAACAGCCUGGAUGCUGAAAGAGAGCAGUUCGAAAAGUUUCAGGUAAUUCCGAGUUGAGACUCCACAACGGUUCAGACAUAAUCCUUCUGCAUGCUGCUUCCACUUUUAUUUAAUUCAUAAAAUAUCAGCGCCAUCUAUCGGGCACACUUUGCACUGGGUCGCACUAAUGCAUGUCGCUGACAGUUCGCCGCACUAACUCGUUGCUAUGGCGACCACCAGCUCAGAGAAAAGGUUCCAGCAGCUGACGCUCGCGAUCCAGAAGGCGAUCAACUCGGUGGAGACGCCGGUGAAGGAGAAGCAUGUCCGCAGCACCAUCAUCGGCACCUUCCAGGAGCAGAGCGCCGUCACCUACUGGAUGGUGGCGAUCCGUCUCCCGCUCCAAGACAACCGCAUCGUGGCGUGGAAGUUCUGCCACGUGACGCACAAGGUGCUGCGCGAGGGGCACCCCGCGUGCCUGGACGACUCGCGGAGACACACCGGCAUGAUAGAGAAUCUGGGGAAGCUGUGGGUCCACCUUCGCGAAGGCUACGGGCGCCUGGUACACCUGUACUGCCAGCUGCUGGUCACCAAGAUCCAGUUCCACGCGAGGAACCCGCGCUUCCCGCCCAGUCUCAGUCUGACGGCCGAGGAGCUGGACGCCAUCGCCGAGAAUGAUGUUAACAACUAUUUCCAACUAUGCGUGGAGUUGUUCGACUACAUGGAUGACAUUUUGAACCUACAAGCUGCAGUAUUCGACAGUCUGGGCAACGCGCGCGCCAACUCAAUGACGGCGUCGGGUCAGUGCCGGCUGGCAGCUCUCAUACCAUGCGCUCAGGACUCCAGCCAGAUCUACGACUGUAAUGUCAGGAUACUGUUCCGAUUGCACGCCUCUUUACCCGCUGAUACGCUGUCUGGACAUCGCGAGAGAUUCGGGCAACAGUUCAAGAAGCUGAGCUCGUUCUACAAGCACGCGUCGAGCCUGCAGUACUACCGGAACCUGCUGUCGCUGCCCGUCCUGCCCUCCAACCCGCCCAACUUCUUGCUGCAGAGUGACUUCGGCACGUACGUGGCUCCCGUGGUGUCGAUCCCGGAGCCCUCGCCCGAGGAGCAGGACGCCAUCGGCUCGCUCAUCGACACGUCUGAUACUAUGAGCCAGAUGUCGUCGCCCGACCAAGUGGACACGUUCGAGCGGCCCCCCCCCUCCCCGCAACCCGACCCCGUGCUGGAGCGCGACCGCCUCAUCGACCACCUGCAGGGCGAGCUCCGGAGAAUGAGGUCGGAGGUGCAACAGCUGAUGCAGGAGCGCAACGCGGCGGCGGCGGCCAUGCGCGACCACUGCUCGCGGCUCGAGGGACAACUGCACGCUACUAAGACUGAACUACAACAGGAGAAACAAAAAGCUGAUCUUAUAUCCGCACAGACGCCCGAAAUCAAACAGAAAUUAACGGAAACAGAAGAAAAAGCAAAACUGACAGACGAAAAAUUCCAGAAGUUAAAAGGAGCUUACACGCAGCUGAGAGAGGAACACAUCAGUUUAAUUCGACAGAAAGCGGAAGUGGACAAGCUGUCGGCGUCGCUGCGCGCGGCGGCGGCCGAGCACGAGAGUGCCAAGAUGGCGCUGCAACAACAACUCAACGACAAAGUCAAAGACGUCGAGCUCCUCCAACAAAGCGCGUCAUCCAGCGAAGAAGUGCAAGCGUACAAGAACGAACUGACCAGCCUGAGAGCCGAACUAGAGCUGUCGAGACAAAAGGACGUUCAACUAGAAACACUACGAGCAUCCAUGGAGACCCUGGAGAUAGAACACAAGACCGCGGCCACAGAGGCACAGGAGAAAAUCAACAACAUAACAUCAGAACUGAAAGACGUUAAAGAGAAUUUCGAGAACAUCAAAAAAGAAAAGGAAGAUAGAGAGACGGAAUUGAGUAGGGUUAAAGAAGAAUUGGUAGGGUUGAGAGAGAAGAGCGGAGAAGAGUACACGAAAGCGGUGGAAGAGAAGGAGGCAGCGCUGAAGCAGAUAGAAGUGUUGAAAGAACAGUUUCAGCAGGAGAAGCAGCUGUUGGAGACUCGUCUGGGUCACGUGGAGGCGGAGAAGCUGAGUGCCGAGUGUGAAUUGCAGGACCUCCUGCAGGGCAGCACGGCGCUGGAAGAGCGAGUGGGAGAAUUGACGCGGCAACUGGUGGAUGCGCAAGCGGAGGUGGUUAGACAACGGCUAGCGAUAGUCUCGUCAGCUGGUUCAGCGGCGCAUCAGAUGGCCACCACUGCGCUGUCGUCACUAGAUGGCGGCAGCACCCGGGACGCCAGCCGCGCCGCCGCCGCGCUCGCCGCCACCGCGUUUGAAGACCUCGCCAGGCAUAAAGAGGUGACCGAGAGCCCCGGGUCAGUGGCGCGCGCGGCGGUCCUCGCGGCGCACAGCACGGCGCAGCUCGCCACAUACGUCACCGACGUGGCCAACGUGGCCACCGACAUGGCCGUGUCUGAUAAACUAACGAGCGAGUGCCGGUCACUGCUCAACGCCACAGUCCAAUGCAUGGAAUCACUCUCGUCCGGCGCGUCGUCGGAUCAGUCGGGCGACUUGUCCGGGCUCGUGCGGGAGAUGCUCGUGGCCGCCGUGUCCGCCGACCGGUCGGUCGACGGGUCCAGGAGUGUGGACGACGAGUUGGCUGAUAUGGACACGGCGAUCGAAGACGCGGCGAGGCAGAUUGAGGAAAUGCUGGCAGCAAGCCGUAAGGGCGACUCGGGGGUGAAGCUAGAGGUGAACAGCAAGAUCCUGGAUGCCUGCACCACGCUCAUGGCUGCCGUCAAGGUGCUAGUGCAAGACGCGCGACAGCUACAGGGCGAGCUGGGCGACGCGCCGGCGCGCCGCGUGCUGUACCGCCGCAACCCGCAGUGGAGCGACGGGCUCAUCUCCGCCGCCAAGGCCGUCGUGUUCGCCGCCAAGCUGCUCGUGUCGUCAGCGGACGAGGCCGUGAGCCCGUCCGGCUCCGGGCGGUCCGAGGGGGUCUCCGCGGCCGCACACGAGGUGGCAGGCAGCACGGCGCAACUAGUAGCAGCAUCUCGCGUCCGCUCAGCCCCCGCGUCCCCCGCUCUGGCGCGCCUCACGCAGGCGUCGCGCCACGUGGCCGCCGCCACCGGCGCCGUGGUGGCCGCCGUGCGCGCCGGCAGUGCACUCAUCACCGACCAGGAAGCGCUGGACACGAGCAAGCUGACGCUGACGGCGGCGCGUCGGCUGGAGAUGGAGAGCAAGGUGCGGACCCUGGAGCUAGAGGUGGCUCUGGAGGCAGAGCGCCGCCGCCUCGCCGCGCUGCGGAAGAGGCACUACCAGCUCGACACAGAGAAUGGCGGUAUAACCAACGGCAACGGGAAAGAAUGAAGCGACCAUGCUCGCUACCGCGCCUGCAGUAUCUAUGUAGGGCCCGUAAUUGUACCUACCGUAAUUAUCAUAACCAUCGAUUUAUCACAUAACCAUCAAUUUGUUAAAAUUCUGAUUUGUACCAAAUCAUGGAUGGAUAUCUAUACUUAUCUAUUUUAACUUUGUAAUUUGCAAAAAAUCUAAGAUGCCGCAUUUAAUGUUUAUACACAUCGAAUUUUCUUUUUCAUAUGAUAGCUUUUACAUCUAAAAGCAUACACUUAUUGAAUAACUAUAGGAAAUAAUGUAUGUCUUCCUUUUUUGCGAUAUUUCGGCUGCUAAAAAUAAUCGUUCAAGAUUUCUUCACCAUCCUUCUUCAUUCAUUCUUUCAUACAUAAAUCACUUAAAUUGUACACCUAUUGACAAUAUUAGAACUGUAAAAUAUAGUUUAUUCCUAAGAUAGAAUAUACAUAAUAAUGGUAUCAAACGUUAAGGUUGUUUCGUUAUAAUAUGUUAGAGUAGUGUCCACUCCAUAAAUAUCUAAUAGGUUUUAUUAUAUUUGUACCUUGGCAAAUUAUAAACUUAUUUGAGAGUCGUUUCGAAAAGGUACAAAAGAGUAAACUUAUUUCUGGAGUCAGCUGGUACCGCUCCUUAGAUGAAAUGUGAUUUAGAAUAGGCUAGACAAGCCUCUAAAUGCACCACACCAAUUCAUUUAAUAUUAAACUCACGCUAGCACAGACAGGUGGCGUGUUAAGCUUUAAUAAAACUAAUUAAAUAUAGCAUAGGCUAUGAUCAGACUAAACUAGGAUAUAAUUAGGGUGUAAUUAAAUCAGUGUUCGAGCUGAAGGCAUCAUUGAUUACUUUUACGUUUUUUUCUUCAAAAAAUAUCUUUUUAUAAAGAAAUAAACGCUUUAUCACUAGAUAGCAAUUAUUUUGUUAAACAAUGUUUGUCUAUUGACAAUUAUUGCUCUGCUUGAAUUUUAUAAUAUCAAGGUUACUGUUUGUAAUGAAAUUAAGAUAAGUGUAAAGUUGUAUUGCUUAUACUGAAGUUAUAAUCUGCUUCAUGUUACUGGUGUAUUGUAAGUAAAUUGGCAGUUAUUAAAAGUUUAGUCAAGUAACACUGAAUAAAAUCAAAUGUUUGUAAUAGUAUUUAUAAAUUGUUUUUUAAUAAUUAUGUAAUAAACUCGAUACAUACUGAUUAAA